AUGGAAGCAGAAACAGGGAGCAAUGCGGGAACUGGAAAGACGGCCACCAGAGGCACUCGAAUUGCCCUGGUCGUAUUCAUCGGCGGCACUCUCGUGCUUGGCACGAUCCUCUUUCUGGUGAGUCAAGGUCUCCUACGUUUUCAAGCUAAGCAGGAGUACUGCCUGAAGCCAGAAUGCAUCGAGGCUGCUGCUGCCAUUUUGAGUAAAGUAAAUCUGUCUGUGGAUCCUUGUGAUAAUUUCUUCCGGUUUGCUUGUGAUGGCUGGAUAAACAAUAAUCCAAUUCCUGAAGAUAUGCCAAGCUACGGGGUUUAUCCUUGGCUGAGACAUAAUGUUGACCUCAAGUUGAAGGCACUGUUGGAGAAGUCAAUCAGUAGAAGGCGGGACACUGAAGCUGUACAAAAAGCCAAGAUCCUUUAUUCGUCCUGCAUGAAUGAGAAAGCAAUUGAAAAAGCAGAUGCCAAGCCACUGCUGCACAUCCUGCGGCAUUCACCAUUCCGCUGGCCUGUGCUUGAAUCUAACAUUGGUCCUGAAGGGGUUUGGUCAGAGAGAAAGUUCAGCCUUCUGCAGGCACUUGCAACAUUUCGUGGUCAAUACAGUAAUUCCGUGUUCAUCCGUUUGUAUGUGUCACCUGAUGACAAGGCAUCCAAUGAACACAUCUUAAAGCUGGACCAAGCGACACUCUCCCUAGCAGUGAGGGAAGACUACCUUGAUAACAGCACAGAAGCCAAGUCUUAUCGAGAUGCCCUGUACAAGUUCAUGGUGGAUACUGCUGUGCUCUUAGGAGCUAACAUUUCCCGAGCAGAGCAUGACAUGAAGUCGGUGCUUAGGUUGGAAAUUAAGAUAGCUGAGAUAAUGAUUCCACAUGAAAACCGAACCAGUGAGGCCAUGUACAACAAAAUGAACAUUUCUGACCUGAGUGCUAUGAUUCCCCAGUUCGACUGGCUGGGCUACAUCAAGAAGGUCAUCGAUACCCGACUCUACCCUCACCUGAAAGACAUCGGUCCCUCUGAGAACCUGGUGGUUCGCGUUCCCCAGUACUUUAAAGAUUUGUUCAGGAUAUUAGGCUCGGAGAGGAAGAAGACCAUUGCCAACUAUUUGGUAUGGAGAAUGGUUUAUUCCAGAAUUCCAAACCUCAGCAGGCGUUUUCAGUAUAGGUGGCUGGAAUUCUCACGGGUGAUCCAGGGGACUACAACAUUGCUGCCUCAGUGGGACAAAUGUGUAAACUUUAUUGAAAGUGCCCUGCCUUAUGUUGUUGGGAAAAUGUUUGUGGAUGUGCACUUCCAAGAAGGCAAGAAGGAGAUGAUGGAGGAAUUGAUUGAAGGUGUUCGCUGGGCCUUUAUUGACAUGCUGGAGAAAGAAAAUGAGUGGAUGGAUGCAGGGACAAAAAGGAAAGCCAAAGAAAAGGCGAGAGCUGUUUUGGCAAAAGUUGGCUAUCCUGAGUUUAUAAUGAAUGAUACUCAUGUUAAUGAAGACCUCAAGGCAAUCAAAUUUUCGGAGUCUGACUACUUUGGCAAUGUCCUGCAAACCCGCAAGUACUUAGCACAGUCUGAUUUCUUCUGGCUACGAAAAGCUGUUCCAAAAACAGAGUGGUUUACAAAUCCAACAACUGUCAAUGCUUUCUACAGUGCAUCCACCAACCAGAUCCGGUUUCCAGCAGGAGAGCUUCAGAAGCCUUUCUUUUGGGGAACAGAAUAUCCUCGAUCUCUGAGUUAUGGUGCUAUAGGAGUAAUUGUUGGACAUGAAUUUACACAUGGAUUUGAUAAUAAUGGUAGAAAAUAUGAUAAAAAUGGAAACCUAGAUCCUUGGUGGUCUAUGGACUCAGAAGAAAAGUUUAAAGAAAAAACAAAGUGCAUGAUUAACCAGUAUAGCAAUUAUUAUUGGAAGGAUGCUGGCUUAAAUGUGAAAGGGAAGAAGACCCUGGGAGAAAAUAUUGCCGACAAUGGAGGCCUGCGGGAAGCUUUUAGGGCUUACAGGAAAUGGAUAAGUGACAGAAGGGAGGGAGUUGAGGAACCUCUCCUCCCUGGCAUCACUUUCACCAACAACCAACUCUUCUUCCUGAGUUAUGCUCACGUGAGGUGCAAUUCCUACAGACCAGAGGCUGCCCGAGAACAAAUUCAAAUUGGUGCUCACAGCCCCCCUCAGUUUAGGGUGAAUGGUGCGGUUAGUAACUUUGAAGAAUUCCAGAAAGCUUUUAACUGUCCGCCCAAUUCCACGAUGAACAGAGGCAUGGACUCCUGCCGGCUCUGGUAG